UUAAUAAAAAAACAAAAAUUAGUUAAAAUACCAAUUUACAGAGAGAGAACUCGAAAGAGGGAAGGGGGAGAAGAAGUGGACCGAAAGGAAAAGAUGAAUCAACCUUGUUGAUCUCUGACUUCAAUUCCUUACUCCUCUCCUCCUCCAAAACCACCGUCUCUCCACGACCACCGCUUUCUCCUCCUCCUCCUCCUCCUCCUCCUCCUCCUCCUCCUUCUCGUCUGUCCGCUCAAAAACACCUCACAUACACGCAAUAUAGACAGUUAAGCCACCUGUAUAUACAUAUUUAUUGAUUUGUAAUUUGGUGGCAUCUAUUUAGUCUUCAGAUAGAAGAAAAAAAAUGUCUCUGAACAUGAAAACCCUAACCCAAGCGCUUGCCAAGACGGCAGCAGUGAUCGAGAAGACCGUGCAGACUACCGUACAGGAAGUAACAGGUCCAAAGCCCUUGCAGGACUAUGAGCUCAUCGACCAGAUCGGCUCCGCUGGACCUGGCCUUGCUUGGAAAUUAUACUCUGCUAAGGCCGCACGUGAGGCUACGCGCGCUCACCAGUAUCCUACUGUUUGUGUUUGGGUGCUGGAUAAGAGGACGUUGUCGGAGGCUCGUGUUCGGGCGGGACUGUCUAAGGCGGUGGAGGACUCGUUUCUGGAUGUGAUUCGGGCUGAUGCAUCGCGGUUGGUGAGGCUUAGGCACCCAGGAGUCGUACAUGUGGUGCAGGCGUUGGAUGAGAACAAGAAUGCGAUGGCAAUGGUGACGGAGCCGCUGUUUGCGUCAGUAGCCAAUGCGCUUGGAAACCUGGAGAAUGUGCCAAAGGUGCCUAAGGAGCUGCAGGGAAUGGAAAUGGGUUUGUUGGAGGUGAAACAUGGUUUACUCCAAAUUGCUGAAACUUUGGACUUCCUCCACAACCAUGCACGACUCAUUCAUCGGGCUAUAUCACCUGAGAAUAUCCUAAUCACUUCAAGCGGAGCAUGGAAGCUUGGUGGAUUUGGAUUUACAAUCACAACAGACCAGGCGACAGGCGAAUUGCCUAACUCUCAGGCCUUUCAUUAUGCUGAAUAUGAUGUUGAGGAUUCUAUACUGCCACUUGAGCCAUCUCUGAAUUAUACUGCACCUGAACUUGUUCGGAGCAAAUCACCGUCAGCUGGUUGCUCUUCUGAUAUUUUCAGUUUUGGAUGUCUUGCCUACCACUUGAUUGCUCGCAAGCCUUUGUUUAACUGCCACAACAAUGUUAAGAUGUACAUGAAUACAUUGAAUUACUUGUCUAGUGAAGCUUUUUCGUCUAUUCCACAAGAAUUAGUUCCCGACCUGCAGAGGAUGAUCUCUGCAAAUGAGUCUUUCAGGCCAACAGCAAUGGAUUUUACGGGUUCUCCUUUUUUCCGGAAUGACACUAGGUUGCGUGCUCUUCGGUUCCUGGACCACAUGCUUGAAAGAGAUAAUAUGCAGAAGUCUGAGUUCUUAAAGGCAUUAUCAGAUAUGUGGAAAGAUUUUGACUCCCGUGUAUUGCGGUAUAAGGUACUUCCACCAUUAUGUGCGGAACUUAGGAAUAUGGUGAUGCAACCAAUGAUCCUUCCCAUGGUUCUCACAAUAGCAGAUUCUCAGGAUAAAAAUGAUUUUGAGCAAUCAACACUUCCAGCUCUCAUUCCUGUCCUGAAUACCGCUGCUGGCGAGACACUACUGUUGCUUGUAAAGCGUGCUGAAAUCAUUAUCAACAAGACUAGUAAGGAGAACUUGAUAUCCCAUGUCCUGCCAUUGCUUGUUCAAGCUUAUGCUGACACUGAUCCACGAAUUCAAGAGGAAGUCCUGAAAAAAUCAUCAUCUCUUGCUAAGCAACUUGAUGCUCAGCUAGUGAAACAAUCAAUUUUGCCUCGUGUCCAUGGAUUGGCACUAAAAACAACUGUUGCUGCGGUAAGAGUGAAUGCUCUGUUAUGCUUCGGGGAUCUUGUUCACACUCUCGAUAAACAUGCAGUUCUGGAAAUCUUGGAAACAAUUCAACGUUGUACAGCUGUUGACCAUUCUGCUCCUACUCUUAUGUGUACCCUUGGGGUUGCAAAUUCAAUUCUGAAGCAGUAUGGAGUAGAAUUCGUAGCAGAGCAUGUCCUUCCACUACUUGUACCUCUUCUCACUGCCCAACAAUUAAAUGUUCAGCAGUUUGCCAAAUACAUGCUCUUUGUAAAGGAUAUCCUCAGGAAAAUAGAAGAAAAGAAAGGAGUUACCAUCACUGAUUCUGGAAUUCCAGAGGUAAAGAUGACACCUAUCCCCAAUGGGCUUCAGUCUCUAGCCUCAAGCAAAACAAGUGGGACUGUUGCUCCGGCAUCAAAAAGUAGUCCUUCAUGGGAUGAGGAUUGGGGUCCUGUAUCAAAAGGACCUACCGCUAGAAACCAGCCUUCUACAAGCAAGCCAUUGCCUACUCCCUCUGUUUUAAACAAUCAACCAAUUCAAUUAGCUUCUUUGCAAUCAGAAUCUUCUUUGAUCUCUUCUAUACCUGGUCAGCAACCAACUGCAUCAUGCCCUCCAGUUGACAUAGAAUGGCCUCCUCGGGCAUCUUCAGGUGUAACACCUCAGUUAGGUAAUGUUGAUAAGCAACCAAAUACGGUAGCAUCGUCAUCUUCAAGUUUUGAUGAUCUAGAUCCUUUUGCUAAUUGGCCUCCAAGACCUAGUGGUACUUCCACUGCCUCUGGAACUUCUAAUAAUGGCUCUCUGGGAUCACUGGUAAACAAUUACAGUACCAGUUUGAAUGCAAGCAAACCCAACAACAUGAACUUCCAAGCUAAUGGAAAUAGUAGCUGGGCCUUCAACAACCUAAGUUCAUCUGAGCCCUUGAAAUCAAACCAAGGGAUUUCUACAUUGAAUGCUGGUAAUCCUCAGAAUUCAAUUGGUUUCAUGAAACAGAAUCAAGGUAUGCCAGCUUUGGGUUCAUAUAAUGAUAAGAACUCAACAGACCUUGGAUCUAUAUUUGGUUCCAGCAAGAAUGACCAGCUUGCACCUAAACUUGCUCCACCUCCAUCAAUUGCGGUGGGCAGAGGAAGAGGAAGAGGACGAGGGGCCACUUCUACUUCAAGAUCUAGCCAUGCUAAAUCACAAUCGGAGCAGCCCCCUCUUUUAGACCUGCUGUAAUGGACUGGUUGCCGCUACCACAUGAAACGAAGGGGUAGAAGAAAGGAAAGGUUCAACGUUCAAGUAGCCAUCCGAUGCAGAGAGGCAGAUGUAUACCAAAUCCGUUUGGGUCAUGGUAUGUCGAGUGAUUGUCGUGAGAUUGUAGUUUAAUCCGAUUGACCCUUCUCUUUUUUCUUUUUUCCUUUUUUUUUUUUUUUUUU